AGGUAUGAACUGGUAGAGAGACCGCGCGAGUCGAACGAGGAGCACGCGGUACGCUGCUGCUUGCUUGCUAGACAGACAUUCCACCUGAACGUUUGUCCUACUCUUACGCCAACAAUGUCACUGCACCCCUUGUUCGUUUUCGGUGCCCUUACUUUGUUUCUGUUAGCGACUCAGGUAAACCACGUGUCGUGUGGCAGCUGCCGAGAAUCGAAAUUGUGUUGUCCGGGUCGUGAUUCUUCGUGCGUGGUCCAAAAGGCUCCCAUCAAUGCUAUCAUUGAGGAUCUGAGUGAUAAACCUUGCUAUUGCGACCACGCGUGCCUGAAGCUGGGAGACUGCUGUCCUGAUUUCAAGGACGCUUGUGGAGUGGUUGACUGCGCGGUGUCUGCCUGGGGACCCUGGUCAGAGUGUGAUGUGGAGUGUGGUACUGGCAUGAUGACCCGGUCGAGAACCGUAGAAAAGCAGCCAGAAAAUGGGGGCAAACAUUGCCCAUCACUGAUCCAGAAGAGAGGCUGCCAGGGUACCCAAUGCCCACACAAUCCUCGAAGCGCCAUCAAAGAGACCGCCAUGCUUCUACCGGUUACACUGAGCUCCAGCAGGCGUGUUAAUGAGACGAAUGACAUCAGAAGAAACCUGCGACUCCGCUACCCAAAGGACCCGGCUCAGGACAAAGAGUACUGUGUGGAAUUUGAAGUCCUGAAGGCGUCCAAAGCCUGCCGAAAAGAGCCCAACUUCUCGUCCCUUAGAGAAGGUGAGCGAGUGUGCGUGAGGUGUGAAACGCAAGCGCUACGUAAGAACCUAGGGUAUCGAUGUGCGGGCCACGGAGUGGAGGACAGGGCGACACGCUGGACCGCACUGUCGGCCCCACACUGUCACGGAAAGUGGAUCCGACUAGACGCUGGUAGCAGUGUUCACGACGCGUCGUGUCCUACGUGCAAGAAGGGACCCGACUACAUCUUCGUGUGAAAUAAAGACAUUAAUUAUACGAUUGGUUCCCCAAAAGUUUCUCUUUUAUCGGAAAGAGAAACGGCAUGGAUGAAUGAGAUAAGAAGAAAAAAUUAAAAAUAAAUAAAUAUUGAGAAUGUGAGAUUUUAUAUCAGUAAUCAUAGGCCAGUUAUGUGCAAAGCAUCAUAUUAAAAUUUGAAGGAAAAAACCAUUUAUAUAACUAAUCGUAAAUUAAAUUACACGCGGAAAUGGAUCAGUAAUUCUCCUUUAACCCUUCAAAGACCGACUUUCUUUUAAGUAAUAUAUAAAAAUUCAGCUUGUACCUCAUACACAACACAUUACGUUUCAGCCGCAAAAAUUAACUGCUAACCUUUAGGGGAACAAUCGCUGUUUAUUCUGAGAAUCGUACGAAACACUAUGUGGGCAGAAUACAAUUUUAGUAUAUUAAAACAGUGGUAUAUAUAGAACCACUAGGGCUUUGAAGGGUUAAUAGAAAAUUAAUUUAUAAACAAGAAUUGCAAAAAUCUGACAAUUGAUCUACAGAAAGACAUAUAUUUUAGUUACAAGUUAACUGAUAUUCUAUUCUAAUCUGCAAUAAAAUGUUUCGUUUUUCUUUCACAUGGUAAAGUCAGGAAGGCUGAAAUAAACUUAAUGUUGUGGAAAGAAUAAUUUUCCUUUUGAACAAACUGGAACACAGAAAUUGUAUUGAAUUGUUAACAAUGACAUGUAUCAGUAAUGACCACAUAACUUCAAAUAUUUAGUCCACCAUCACCAUCCUCCUCCUCCUCCUCAUCAUCAUCAUCAUCGCCAUCAUGGUUGAUCGACUUAAUGUUAGUUUUGUGAGGCGAAGUAUCUAUUCCGCCAUGAUUUUUUCAUCAUUAUGUUUAAGUUCAAGAGAUUCUGUACCCAGUCACUGUCAUAUCGUUGACGAUACGGUCAACUUCAUCUACCCUGAACAGUUGCGAAGUAAAUAAAGUCUCAGUCAGUCUCACCUUUGAAGCUAUGUAUAAGAAGUAAUGCUAUUGUAAUUACUCUUUUGAACAUUAAACUAAAGUGCAUCUCUACCCUUAAUUUUUCGUGAUGAUCCAAUCAAUAUAGAUCUAUUAAUUUCAUGAAUGAAAUAUCAUAUUGCAUUUAAUUACAAAUCAUUUCAUAAUUUAAACCUAGUGUUCUUAAACAAAUUAUAUAUUUCAUGACUGCCAUUUAGAGGUCAGUUUUACAAUGAACUGAUGAGUUUGGAAAACAGACAAUUGAUAUUAUUUAUAAAAGGGUCCAAAACCUGAAAUUAUUUAGAAAUGUUUUGUAAUCUUUAAUUUCCGUAUAACUGUUACGUUUAUAUACGACUUUAUUAUAAAAAUGUAACGUUUUAAAUGUGGAAAUAAUAUUCAACUUUAUUAUACGAUGUUUUCAUAUUAAGUUUUUUUUUGUAAAUAUUACUAACAAAUACAAAAUGUCAUUGCAUUUUGUAGUACCAUGAUAUUAAUUUCAUUGCAUGUUAGUUAAUAAUUGUCAUAGUUUUUAAUACACUUAAAUAUUACUUAAUAAUGCUUUAUGCAGUGUUAAUGCCAGCACAAGGUCUCAGUGAUGCAAUGCUAGCCCAAGAAGAGAGACAUUCACUUGUUGCGCACACUCAUACCCAGUUUUACUGAAUCAGUUAGCUUUGUUCUUGUUGGGAUAAUAACAUAUGGGGGGAAUGACACAAUUACCCAUAGUGAACACGUUUCAGAGCAGGUGACGUCACUUCCCCUCUUUGUGGGUAUGUUUUGGUGUUCCAAGAUAGGUUUAGUCAUCAUGUCAGACAGAUUUAAAGUGAAGGAGCCAUUUUGUAAGGCGAUAUGAAACCUUGCGAACUGACUUGAGGAGAAAUAUACAUACUUCCGGUAUAAAAUGACAAAAAUAAUUAUGCUUUUUACUUGAAAACUAAAAAAAUUGAGUUUAUAACUUGCUGAUUAUAUUGAAUUGUGAAAUUCGUUAAAACAUAUAUAAACUAGUGUACGAUGUUAAGUCGAAUUUAAUUUGUAUUUCAUUGUUCAGUCUGUUAGUUAAUUAAUAGUAAUAUUUGUUAUUCACUGUUUCUUUCAUGAGAAUAUGCUAUGAUCCCCCUUGUUUUUUUUUCAAUAUGGUCAACGUGAGUCAUUAGAAACUACAUAUUCCGCUUGGCUAUAAACAAGAAUGGGAAGAUUAAAACAUGAAUCAGCUUCUUCAGUCCAAAGAGUUGGAAAAAGCAUUGUGAACAGAAAUUUCUAAGACGGAUUCUCAAUGUGCUAAGAGCUCAACACGCAUACUCAUUUCAUAUGUCCUUAAAAAAACUGUCCUCAUCAAUGAUAAAAUACGUGUUAUUACAUCAUUUUUAAAAGACAUUUGAGUUUUAAAAUAAUGUAUUAGAGGGGCCUAUCUAACAUAUAUAAUCCUGAGCCAUCACAACAAACAUGACAGUUUCAUUUUAAUUUAAGAGCUGAUAAUAAACUAUUGAUAAAAAGAAGGAAAAUCGUUACAAUAAUAGUAGUUUAGUAACAAUAAUAUUUAAUGUCUAUCAAUAUAUUUUUAAAUAUAGAAGUUUUUGGAGGAAAAUACUCAGUAAUACAUAAGUUCUUAUUACAAGUUCAAAGAAAACAAAUAAGAUUAAUUAUAAGGCAGAAAACUUUGCACUUUCUGACUACUUUCUUCUCCCAGAAUUAUGUGGGGAGGACGGACAUUGAAAGUACUCAUAGUAGAGAUAAACUUUCCAUCUGCUUACACAGCACAUUUGUAGCAUAUCAUUUUCUAAAUACAAAUAAUCCUCCAUGACAACCCCUUUGCAUAUCAUAUUUCUUCAUUUUGUAAAAUAUGACCCGUCAAUAACAGUACUAAAAAUACUGUGAUGAAAAUAGCAAAUAAAAUUAUAUUGAAGCAAA